AAAACCGAGAACAGACUGGCCGAGGCUCACAGCUCUCAGUCUCUUCACAGAGCUUUGCAGAGCAGCUUCUCUUGGCUUCCUGACUCUUCUUCACAUGCGAGGGCUUUCAUAGACUUGUGCCUGAGCAGAAGGAUAGAAAGGCUGCAGCAGAGGGAGUCACUCACUCCAACUCCUGCACCAUGUUACCAUGGAGGAGGAACAAGUUUGUUCUAGUGGAAGAUGAAGGUAAGAGUAAGCCCAAGAGUCUGGGGAGUGGGCUGACCUACCACUCCAUCCUCUCUUCCCUGCUGCGCUCCUGUCCUGACUCGCUGCCUGACUGGCCCUUUGACUGGGUGGGCAACAUCUUUCAUACCAAACGGCAAAAGGUGGAACUGAACAAGGAGGAGCCUGUUUACAGUGUUCGCUACCUCGGGAGUGUGGUCACCAUCACGGCUAAAGGAGAGGGCUGCACCCAGGAGGCAGUGGCCAAAAUCUGGGCGAGGAGCAACUACGGAGAACAAAGUGUCAAGAUGAGGUUGACCGUGGGGUCACAAGGCAUCCGAAUGAGUUCUGACAAAUUGGGGAAAAAGAAACCCCUCCAUCGAUACUACCUGAACAGAAUCACUCACUGCGCAGCUGACCCAGGUCGGCCCAAAAUCCUUGCUUGGAUCUACAGGCACCAGGUCAAGAACAUGGCUGUGGUGCUCAGGUGUCAUGCCGUCCUGGUCAGCAAGUCGGGGAAGGCUCAAGCCAUCGCCCACAGUCUCUAUCAGAAUGCCACCUCCGCCUUCAGCGAGUUUAAACGGCUGAAGCGUCAGAGCGACUUCCGGCACUGCCAGCAGCAGCUGCUGGGAGAGGAAGCGGUACCGCUGAUGCCGCUGAGGAGGCUGCUGAACGGGCAGUGCCACUACAGACCGCCUGCUGAGAACCCUAGCAGCGCUACCCGCCUCUGCUCCAUCACAGAAGAGGAGGAGGCGGAGGAGAAUGAUGAAAAAAUGAUCAGCGAUGGGAAGGAGGUGAUGGAGGAGGCACAGGAGGAGCAUCGGGAGAAACAGAAGAUCCUGACAACAAACACGGACCCAACUCAGCUGCUGUCAGAGCUGGACAUUGGGGACAUUGCUCGUCUGGAGCAAUGCCAAAUCAACUUCGUCAGUGACAGCAACAACAACACGUUUAGCUUUAUCACCUCUCUGGUGUGACUGUGUUAUGGUGCUGCUGUUGAUGAGAACAUUCCUCUGUUUGCCCUCCACUCAGGCUCCCUCCACCCUGAUCUAUGUGUUUACCAGAAACGUUUCUGACCACAGGGUGGGGGGAGAGACACACCAUCCUUCUGUAGGACUGAGCUCUGCUCUUGACUGUAGCGGUUUGGGAAGCUGCUUGUUUACAAAUGAGAGCUGAUGAAGAUGAUGAGGCACAGACCGGCCAGAGCACAAUGACCAGCAGUACCAUGAGAGAACACCCAGGAGCGCCAACUCUGGGAUGGUUUGGAUCACAGCAGGAUGGAUUUAAGUCCCGUGUCCGUCUGAGUCUUUGUUACUAAAACAAAAGUUGUGUUUGACAGCGGGGACAUUUGUCUGAAUCAAUAGUUUUUCAGGGAGGUUCUUUGUAAAUUUGUACAUUUUUCUAAUCUGACAAUCCUCACUGAAACGGUUCUGACUGUGAGAGUUUUAUUACAGUUUUACUAACGAUCAGCACCGACUAAAAAUAAGGCAAUCAUUUAGGAGGCAAGCCAUUGAGUUUAUAACUUUAUUGCUGUCAUUUGCUUCAGCCCUUCUUUAUGCAUGCCAUUUCGGCAGUACCGCUUCUGUUUUUUUUAUCUCAAUUUCCUUCACAUUUCAAGGAAGAAACACUGUGAUUAAUGUCCAACCAGGUAAAAACACCCAACUCCACAUGAAGCACCUUCUGUCCUAUUUAAAACACAGCUGAGUUGAUUUUUGUUCAUUUACAGAAAAAACCUGUUCCUAGUGAAGGUUUCCUGCUUUUGCAACAACACUCUCACACUUUCACACAAACCUCUCUGUGCUUAGCGUGUGUCCCUGCUUCAUUGUGAUUGUUAAAAUGUGAAGCUAUUUAUUUUGCAAAAGUGAUUAAUAAAAGCUGCACUCAC